AUGCCUCCAACAAGAUCCCGAAAGUCAGCCGGAUCCUCUUCAUCGUCGGGUCACAAAGCUGGAACACCCGAGUUUGUUCUUGGUUCAAGUGCUGCUGCCAGCAAACAAAAGCCGGUUAAACCAUUAUUUUCGGUUAGAAGACCUCCUGCAUUUAACACAACUGAUGGAGGGAAACGUAAAGAGAAGCCAAAGUCAGAAACCGUUUCCUUGCUUGACGGCGUUGGCGAUUUAGUAUCAUCCACGGAUUCGCAGCAUGAUGACCGGCUUUGGAUCGACGUGUAUGAACCGCAAUCGGAAGCUGAAUUAGCAGUACAUAAGAAGAAAGUAGAGGAUGUUCGAAGGUGGUUACAAGAAGCGUUUGAGGGUGGGAAUAUGGGCAAAUUGAAGAAGUACCGUCGAAUACUCGUCCUUACAGGGCCAGCGGGCACAGCAAAAACAACGACUGUGCGCGUUCUAUCAAAGGAACUGGGCUUUAAUAUUCUGGAAUGGAGAAGCACUGUUGAAGAAAGCUACGUGGAAAACGAUACUGAUUGGGAAGGUCUUAAUGAAAAAUUCGAGGCAUUUCUGGCACGAGCUGCUGCAAACCGUCCAUUGGUCGGUCGACUCGGCCAACUCCCUUCGAGUUCCUCACAGACUUGCCUCCCAUCCUCUUCAUCAACCCCGUCAACUUCUAGCCCCAUUCCAAAUGAGCAGAAGCAAGUGAUCCUUCUGGAAGAUUUACCAAAUGUUCUUCACCAACCUACGCAAGUGAAGUUCCAUGCCGCACUAGAAUCCUUCGUAACUCUUCCGAACUCUACACCACUUAUCAUUGUAAUAAGUGAUGCAUCCACACGAGGCGAAGUGCGGGAUGAGAGGCUCGCGCAGGGUGGAGGGGGGCGGUUUUUGCAUGACAAUGUGGACAUUCGUACCGUCCUACCUCCGAGCCUGGUCAAUGGUCCAUACGUUACUCAAAUUUCGUUCAAUCCUAUAGCGCCAACUCUGAUGCUCCGUGCACUGCAAGAGAUGCUUUCCCGCUACUAUUCCGAUGUUCCUCAGAGUAUACGCCUGACUAAAGAUGACCUGAACACUAUUGUUCAGACGUCGAAUGGUGACAUUCGCAGUGCCGCCAUGGCGCUUCAGUUUUCCUGUGUCUUGGAAACAUCAAAGAGUAAGGCGGCAAAGGGGAAGAAGAAGGGGUCAAGAGCAUUAAUGGAAUUGAUUACGAGAAGAGAGCGGGCACUUGCCCUCUUCCAUCUGAUGGGGAAAGUUCUUUAUAACAAAAGGAAGGGUGACCCAUUAGCUUCAUCGGCCUCAGCAAAAGAUAGACACCAUGAGCAAGAAUUGGACUUGCGGCUGAAAGAUCCAUCGCCAUUGCCUCCGUGGUUCUCAGAACACGAACGGCGGGCGAGUCGAGUCGAUGUUGAUGGCUUAUAUGCAGAUUCACCGAUCGAUACCGGUCUGUUUGCGCUUUAUGUUCAUCAGAAUUAUUCACAGUUUUGUGAUGAUGUGAGUCAAUGCAGAGAGCUGAGUGACUGGCUCAGUUGGAUUGAUUCGAGUGGAGGAGAACAUUGGUAUCAAACAAAUCCCCAUCAAUUCCACAUGUUAACGCUUGGGGCGUUGCAUUCACUGCCUUCACCGGUGACACGGCGUGGGCAGAAAAUGUACAAGCCGGAGUUCUUCGACGUAUUGAAGAAGACACACGACGCUGAAGAUGCGGUUCUGGACGUCUGGACGUGGUUACAAGAUUCUGGAAGCCCCCGAUGGUCGAAGAAUGAGAUCGCUCUUGAGUUGGGUUCUGUCUUGAAAGCACAUUCCCGAGGCGUCUCAUCCGGAACUUUACAAGGUAUCACCACACCAUCUGCUCAUUCCGCAUUCUCUACACUCGUCUUCGCAUCAUCAAGUACUUCCAAAGCGUCUACACUUAACGCUGAUGGUAAUGAUGAGGACGCGUUCGAGGUACCUCCGGAUGAAGAUAGCUUCCUUCGUGCAGCCGGGAAGAUGCAAAAAGAAGAGGUUGAAGGCAAUAAUUGGCUCUCGGAUGAUGAUAUUGAAGAAUUUUAACGCCCCCGUAUAUCCCGGCAUCGCAUGUUGAGCAACGAGCGAGACGAUCAUUUUGUUUUUAACAAACUGAAGUUAUUUGACACUCAAAUUUGGCUGAGUUGCAUGGUCACGUAUGUUGGCGGAUGGUACUAAAUAUGUACAAACAGACUACUAUCGGCCGGAACAUGCGCAUGUAACGGGAUGACGCAGUGGAGUCAUCUGAACGUCAUUUUGUACCGGUUAGUGCAAGCGGUUACGGGGGCCGAAAUUUCUUUCCGGGUCAACGUAUGUUUAGCUCCAUCAUAUCUAUGGCGACAUUCAACCCGCGAAGUGUUAGGGGGCGUUAUUUUUCCAAGCGAACACAUGCGCAAUUUUCAGACGAAAAGGCGAAAUAAACGACGAGCUGUGUCAACAUGCUCCACACUCAUCCUCCAUCCAUAGUUCAUUCCGUCGCGCCUACGUGUUCUGCGUAGCCUGUUAGGAGAAAUGGUCGGUGGUUUGCGUAAAAUGCUAAUCUCCUAGUUUGAUCGCUUUUGCUGUUCCUCUUUUUCCCCAAUCGGCAAGGCUAAUCGUCGUUAAAUCUUUCAGAAGCUCCG